CCAUAACAAAAUAAAACCAAGAAGACAAAACGCCAACGUGUUUACGAAUAAAGCAACCAAAUAAAACUCGUGUAAAAGCUUUUGAUAACGCCACUUCAAGAAUCUGAAAGCUUUUAUAUGCUGAAAGCUUAAAGGAAAGCCAACCAAAACUAGCCAAGGACCAAAACCGGAAAAGGAUGCUGACGACACCAAGUUAAAUUAUGAUAUACAAACAAGACAAAAAGCUUUAGUUAUACAAUUUUCCGUAAAAGAAAAACAAAACUCCUAUCGUUUAAGUAUUAGAGGAUAUGAAAAUAAGCCAAUGUUGCUAUAAAAGCUUAAGCAAUGUUCAACAAUUUGUAGCCACAGCAAAAACAAAAACAAAAAAAGGAACAUAGCAAAAAAUUUUUCGUAAUUCGACGUUAAAAAAGCUCUUUCCCACCCAUUUACUUUAAAAUAAAAAAAUUAAAAUCUCUAAGAACUUUAAGCAUAAUUAACUCUAGCCUAAGAAAACAUAUCUCUAAAUUUAAUUUAAAAGAAGAAGACAACAACAACCAACAGAAAACCCUUUAAACACCAAAACAAUCAAUUCAAACUUCAAAAGUUUCACUCAAGGCGCUUAACCGAAAUUGCAAUUCAAACCAAGCAAAUAAACACCAACAAGAAGCAACAGGCAACCACCACAAGACUACCCAACUAAAAACUUAAGUUAAAAUCUCAACGCAAUAAGAAGCAGGCUUAGCAUCGAAAUGGCACAAAUACCCGAUGAUGCCAGCAGCAUGAGUGAUGAUGUCUUCGAAGAUCCCGAGACCACUCAGAGGCGUGUGGAGGAAACGAGACGACGCAAACAGGAACAGGAAUUAAGUUUAUCACGUGGCUCGGGCUAUUAUGGCGAUGGUGCUUUGGCCUCCUCCGAAUACUGUAGGUCACAGGCCCCACCAGCAGCAGCAACGACUACCACCGGCUAUCCCGGUUAUAGGCCACCACGAGAAGCUUUACAACUGUAUGCACUGGAGGAUGCGGGCUAUACAAUAGAAGACUAUGAUGAUGGAUGGCGUUCGUAUCAUUACGAUGAGGUGGGCAUGUAUCAACCGCCAGUGCAUCAUCAGCCACCGUUCGAUGAUACGGUGAAUCAUAAGACUAUUUUGCUUGGCGAUUCAGGUGUAGGCAAAACCUCGUUCCUUGUCAAAUACAACACAGGCGAAUUUCGCUUAGGCUCAUUUUCAGCCACCGUGGGUAUAGCGUUAACGAACAAAGUGGUUGUGGUGGAUGGAACGCGAGUAAAGCUGCAAAUUUGGGAUACAGCCGGCCAGGAACGUUUUCGCAGUGUUACACACGCCUACUACAGAGAUGCUCAUGCUUUACUGCUACUCUACGAUGUUACCAACAAAACAACUUAUGAUAAUAUACGAGCUUGGUUAUGUGAAAUACGAGAUUGUGCCCAAGAAGAUGUUGUCAUAGUACUCAUAGGUAACAAAGCUGACUGCAGUAGUAGUGAUCGACAAGUGAAGCGAGAAGAUGGUGAACGUUUGGCACGCGAACACAAUGUACCCUUUAUGGAAACCUCAGCCAAAACGGGUCUGAAUGUGGAAUUGGCAUUUCAAACAGUGGCAAGGCAACUGAAAAGUCGCGGUUAUGACCAAGGUGAUGCGGGUAAAUUCAAUGUUCAUGAUUUUGUGCGAGAUAACACCAAGGCCAAAAGUAUAUGUGCUCAGUGUAAUUUUUAAAUGGUCCCCCAAUGCAGCGGCAGCUCCAGAGACAAUGGCAAUGGAAGAUGAAGAGAAGACCAGUAAACUACAGUGUGUUAAGGUUUCCUAAGGAGAAAAGAAGAAAACCAAAAAAAAAACAACAAGACCCACCCAAAAGAAUGGAACGAAACUGGAAAACAAACCCCAACAUUCAUACAAUACCAUAGUCCAAAAAAAACACAACAUUCCACUUUUUCUCCAGCGAUGUAUUCCAGCACAUUGGACGAUCUAGCAUUUGCCAGAGGACAACAAGUCUUUAUUUGUUAUUGUUGUUGUUUUUUUUUUUAAUUUUUGCAUUAUUCUAGAGCAUAUAAAUCAUCUUUAGUACCUAAGGUAAUAACAUAGCACAAUUUGUUUAUUUUGAUGUUUUUUCCAUUACUUUGUUUCUUUU